GACACGGACUUCAAUCAUGGACCGUGUCAAAAAUGCCUGAUAUUUUAUUAUAAUGACUCUAGUUUUAUCGUUAUAGUAAUUAAUUCGAGAAAUGGGUGUCAUAAGGCACAUCGUGUGCGCCAUGUCGGGUGGUGUUGACAGCUCAGUCGCCGCUUUGUUGCUGAAAAAACGAGGUUAUAAUGUGACCGGCGUUUUCAUGAAAAACUGGGAUUCCUUGGAUGAAAGUGGAGUUUGCACUACAGAAAAAGACUGCGACGAUGCUUACAAAGUGUGUCAAAUGCUGAACAUCCCCUUCCAUCAAGUGUCAUAUGUUAAAGAAUACUGGCAUGAAGUUUUCAGUUAUCUGUUAAAGGAAUACGAGAACGGAAGGACUCCUAAUCCUGAUAUACUCUGCAACAAACAUAUUAAAUUCAAACAUUUUCAUAAGUAUGCUGUCAUAACUCUAGGUGCUGACGCGAUGGCAACAGGGCACUAUGCGAGAACCUCCCAGGAAGAUGAAGAAGUUUUCCAGCAGACUCCCAAAACGGCCCCCUUUGUGCUCUUCAGAAAUCGAUUUGAUAUCCGGAACCCGGUGAAGCUGUACAAAGGGGCCGACCUUGUCAAAGAUCAGACUUUCUUCCUCAGCCAGAUCUCCCAGGAUGCACUGAGGCAGACCAUGUUCCCCCUCGCCGGCCUGACUAAAGAUUUUGUGAAAAAAAUAGCGGCUGAAGCGGGGUUUGAGCAUGUGCUGAAAAAGAAAGAGAGUAUGGGUAUUUGCUUCAUAGGAGAGAGAAACUUUGAAAACUUUAUCUUGGAGUACCUCGAGCCUAAACCUGGUAACUUUGUAUCCAUUGAGGAUGGGACUGUAAUGGGCACACAUAAAGGCUGGUUUACCCUGACACUAGGCCAAAGGGCACGGAUAGGAGGUCAAAGGGAUGCCUGGUAUGUGGUGGACAAGGAUAUCAAUACAGGCGACGUGGUUGUGGCUCCGUCAACCAACCACCCGUCCCUUUUUCGCGACACUUUACGGACGGACCGCUUCCACUGGAUCGCUGACGAUCCGCCGCCAGAAUUGGCGCGGACCAAGAUGAUGGAGUGUCAUUUCCGAUUCAUCCACCAGGAACCGCUCGCUCCCUGUACGGUGACUCUCAACAUGGACGGUUCUGUGUGGAUCUCACUCGCGCAGUCGGUCAGAGCUUUAACACCAGGACAGUUCGCAGUGCUCUAUAAAGGUGACGAGUGCCUGGGAAGUGGGAAGAUUAUCCAGUUGGGACCGAGUGACUUCACCAUCCAACGUGGUCGGGAAUCGGCUCAGCUUAAAAAAGACAACCCGGAACCGGUUAGAUGACCUGAUGGGAAAACGUAAAACUACCAAGACAGGUAGAAGGGAUCUUGUUAAAAAACAAAAAGGCUUAAAUGAGCGAUUUCAAGACAGACUUUCUCCCAAAAUAAAAUGGUUGUGAAUUUUAUUCAGAAAAUGUCCUGUUUUUCAGGUAUUUAUUGCAGAUAUUUUUACAUGGAUAUGCAAAUGUUAAACACUAGUUAGGUUCAAUCAUUUAUUAUGACAGUGACCAGUGGACAUGCAAAAUAAAACGUGUGACUUUCUGUUGCCACUAUUUGGCGCUGUAUGCUUGAUGCAAAUGACCUCUACAAAACCUUUCUCUCAUCAAGCAUGGGAAGUUUGGCGCAGAUAUGUUGUAUACCUGCCAAGUUAUGCCAGUUCAAAAUUUGUGGUGAGAGAAAAUGGCGACAGUGAUUUUCACUUUCCUGUCUGGACCACUUUGCUUCAACGAAACCUCAAUAUUUUUUAUCAGGCACCUAAACACAUGUCUUAAGGCUCCCUUGAUGCAGGUUUGAGGUCAAUUGAUGUUUUUUCACUUGGAGGAGGAGCCUGUGUAGUACAAAAGGGCGUUUCCUGUUCCAAGCAGGGGGCACCAGGCCUAAUGAGUAAUAUUUCAUUUAGUGCUGCAACAAUUAAUCGAUUAAAUUGAGUAAUUCGAUGAGAAAAAAGCUUUGAAUCAAAUUUGACUGCUUCGAGUAUUUGUUCAUUAGAGUAGCGUUGCAAUGUUUAGUUUUGAAAGUGUUUGCAUUUAGUUUUAAUGAUUUGGCAGUGAAUAUAACAUCACUCAUUUAACAUGGCUGAAUCCAGCUGCUCCCUGUUAAGACCAACUAAAUGUAAGUUUUUGUUUGAGCUAAUGUUUUAUUUAAUGCAUUCAUAAUUUAUAGGUAUAUUUAGCUGUUUUUUGUGGUAAUAUGUGUUUGAACGAUUUGUUGAGCGCAUUGUUAAAAAAUGUUAGUAUUCUGUAGCAUUUAAGAUAGCAAAUUUUUGCUAUGCAAGUUAGCCAGUUGUUCUUUUGUUGUACUUAGAUCCUCAUCUAUUUAUUUUAGUUAUACCAUUUGAGGCUAUGCUCAGAUAUUUUAAUUUAUUUAUAAAUGAAUGUGCAAUUUUGCAGUUUGAAGAAACACUCGGGAAUUUUAUUUUGAAACUGCAGUCUUAGCAAGCCUUUAUUUUACAUCCCUAAAAUUUGUUCUGGAAAGCAUUAAAUGUUCCUAAUCCGAUGACUCGAUUAUUUGAACUAACUAGUUGAUAGAUUAAUCGACUACUAAAAUAAUCGAUAGAUGCAGCCCAAAUUUCAAUACGGUUGUGUUCAGGAAUGGGAUACCUUUCAUACAUGCCAAAUAUGAAAAAGACUAAUACCUGGAUCAGAGAGUUGUUAGUCAUUUACUAAAUUUGGUGUGUUGCCUUUAAAAAAAAAAAAAAAAGCCGACUUUGGCACCGCACCCAGGUCAGACCCGUGAAUGAAAACUCACCUCAUGAACAGUUGCACCAAUUUUGAGGAGGAUCCAACUAGCUCCCUAGGUGCCAAUGUCUCAGAUAUGCACCAUGUAACCUAAUAUAUAUUUUACGUUCAAACCAAAAUACUUGAUUUCAUGUUGGGUUUGGGAUAUGGGUGCAAGAGACUUUUUGAUGCAGUUUUGCACAAGGUAUCGUCUCCCCAACUUUCAUCGCUGUAUUUUGAAAAAAACUAAUAGGAGAGGUCUUUUUGAAAAUUCAAGGGGGCGACGUUAAGCCAUUUUGUUACGGUUUGUGGCAAGGUCGCAAAAGUAUCAAAAUGUAUGCCAAGCCGCAUGUAUCUGCAAACUUUGGUGAGUUUUCGAGCAUGUUGAGGCCUCGAAGUUGUCUAAUUUAAUUUGCCAUGAAAUAAUAAUAAUCCUUUGCAUUGCAAUAGGGCUCUCGCACCACUUGGUGUUUGGCAGGGUUGAAAGUGGGCCAGAACAGUCAGGAACGCAGUUCAGGGCCAGAACUGGGUUCUGGCAUAAGAUUCAGGGCCGGAAUUCUGUUCCGGUAUAAGAUUCAGGGCCGGAAUGCUGUUCCGGUACACGGUGCUUUGAUUCUAAAAAAUAUGACAGCAACUGUACGAACACUAUGCAAAAAAAAAAAAAAAAAUUCUACGCUGCCACACAUGCAUUUCAGCUCCAAGAAGAAAACAAUCUACCAACAUCAGAUUUACAUACCCAAGUGUUAACAAGACGCAUAAUAAAAUGCUUGUGUAGCGUAAUCCGUUUCCACCAAUAUUUAUUAUUGAUUUUAUUCCACGGACGGCAUGGAGGUUUCCCCAGCUGCAGCAGUUAUCGGAGUCUGACGAUUAUGAGCAGCAAAGCAAAACGCCUGGACUCAUUAUCCGUUCAAUUGGCUGACAUACUGACAUGUGAUCAGCAGAGAUGGCUUGCUCUGAUUGGUUCAAAUGUACAUGUUGUCUGGGAAAGCAGCAACAAAAAAAAGCUUGUUGAAUUGAUGCGACAAAAAAACGGGCAAUGCAACAUAAAAUGGAUCAAAUCUUUAAGAAAGCAACGAAAGAGUUGAGGCUUAUUUCUCAUAUUUAGUUUUAUUUACUCUGGGGCUGUCAAACGAUAAAAUUUUUUAAUGGAGUUAAUUACAGCUUAAAAGUUAAUAUUAAUCGCAAUUAAUGGCAAUUCAAACCAUCAAUAAAGUAUGCCAUAUUUUUCUGUAAAUUAUUGUUGGAAUGGAAAGAUAAGACAAGAUGGAUAUAUAUAUUCAACAUGCGGUACAUAAGGACUGUAUUUGUUUAUUCUAACAAUAAAUCAACAAGACGGCAUUAACAUUAUUAACAUUCUGUUAAAGCGAUCCAUGGAUAGAAAGACUUGUAGUUCUUAAAAGAUAAAUGUUAGUACAAGUUAUAGAAAUUUUAUAUUAAAACCCCUCUUAAUGUUUUCGUUUUAAUAAAAUUUGUAAAAUUUUCAAUCAAAAAAUAAACUAGCAGCCCGCCAUUGUUGAUGUCAAUAAUUACUUACACAAUGCUCAUGGGUACUGAAGCCUAUAAAAUCAGUCGCACCCAAGCGCCAGCAGAGGGUGGCAAAACUCCAUAAAACACAACAAGUGAGCGUUACACUGUACUGUCAUUUAAAUCUGUCUGAGCGGGGCAUCUGCGUUAAUUGGCCAAAUAUUUUAACGUGAUUAAUUUAAAAAAUUAACGCCCGUUAACGCGAUCAUUUUGACAGCCCUAAUUUACUCUGAUGGGAGGUUCAGAACAUCUUAGCUGUCAAUGUGCACUUUGGGCUUAUAUUUGUUCAUUUAUGUUAGGCUACUUAGCCAUUUCCUUAUGAUUUAAAAAGUCAACGUUUGCGCGAUCUUAAAAAUAUAUUCCAUUUCACUCUGCAUAAUAUAAGUAAUUUGUCUUUAUUUUUCUGAAUAUAUGUUACUUAUAUCUUAACCUCUAUUUUAAUAUAUAUCCUAUGUUUUGAAGUAGUUAAAAUUGAGAUUGAUGAGGCAUUUAGUAUGUGAGGAAAUGAGGCUAAAUUAAAAAUUAGGAGAUGGAAAUGGGUUAUUGCUGUUUUUGUUAACUUUUAUUUUGCAAAUCAUUGAAAAAAUACAAUUUUGAAUGAAAAUCAGUUUAUGUAUGUGUUAUAGACGUAACUGUGCUAAAACAGUUUUCUUGGCGUUUCAGUAGUUUGAGAGAUUUGACCCCCCCUACCCCUAAAAAAAAGGGGAAAAAAUCAAUAAAUGACAAAAAUUUCUGGCUCCGUGGCGACCUUGACGUCGGGGAGUUCCGGCAAGAAAUUCUAGCCACUUUCACCCCUGGUGUUUGGGCCCUAAAUAUAAUUUUUCUGUGUACAAACUACAAGUUAUUAAAACGGUCGGCGCUGCAGUUGUUUUGCAGUUUUUGUCCACAAGAGGGUAGUGUUACAUAAGCUACACUUCAAAUUGAAAUCAGUAGGAGUCCACAAAAGUUUUAUAACCUGUUGAAAAUGUAUUUAUGAAAUGGUGAAAAAUCAGAUUUUCCUCCCUUCU